GCGCAGCUGGUUUUGCGGCCGCACUGCUUGACGGCUACAGCACCGCCCCCAGGUUGCCGGGUAACGGUGCGCGCGCGUGGCUGCGUAAGAGACCUGUUAUCCUUGAAGAAUGGCAGAGGCAGUGUUCCGUGCUCCAAAGAGGAAAAGAAGAGUGUACGAGAGCUACGAGUCACCACUGCCCAUCCCCUUUGGUCAGGACCAAGAUCCCAGGAAGGAAUUCCGAAUAUUCCAGGCCGAAAUGAUCAGCAACAAUGUGGUGGUGAGGGGUGCAGAGGACAUGGAGCAGCUGUACGGGAAGGGUUACUUUGGAAAAGGCGUUCUUUCCAGAAGUCGUCCGAACUUCACACUCUCCAAUCCCAAGCUGGCUGCCAGAUGGAAAGGUGUGCAGACAGACAUGCCGAUAAUCACCUCAGAGAAGUAUCAGCAGCGAGUGCAAUGGGCCAGGGAUUUCAUGCGAAGGCAGGGCCAUGAUGAGAGCACUGUGCAGAAGAUCCUUACAGACUACACAGAACCACUUGAGCUUCCUUGCAGGAAGGGGGAAGAAGAAAGCCCACGGCAUGAACCACUGAGCUCCAAGGCCGACUCCUCUCUGGAAGGCAGAGUGGGAAAGGACGAACUUUCUGUGACCACUGGAGAUGCUGGACAGUCAGACGACCUGCAGGGUCUCAGCACACACUCAGACUGCCUGCAGGAGGAGCCCGACCAUUCCACACUCGCCGUGGCUAGUCCUUCUAGCCUUAAUGGGCAUGUGGUAGAGAACCCCAAGGCUCUGACCCAGAUCCCCUGCCAUAGCCAGGAGGCCCUUGUUUCACAGGAUGGCCUUUGGCCUGAAGCCAGCAGCCAGGCAGCAGGAGAAAAAAGGGCUGCUCACGAGUAUGUGCUCGUAGAGGAAGAGCUGUGUGGUGUCCAGGAGGAGGCACCAGGUGAGAAGUUGCUGAAAAGAAAGAAACUUGUGUGCAGAAGAAAUCCAUACAGGAUCUUUGAGUAUCUGCAGCUCAGCCUAGAAGAGGCUUUCUUCCUGGCAUACGCCCUGGGAUGCUUGAGUAUUUACUAUGAGAAGGAGCCUUUGACAAUAGUGAAGCUCUGGCAAGCCUUCACUGCAGUCCAGCCCGCCUUCAGGACUACCUACAUGGCCUACCACUACUUCCGAAGCAAAGGCUGGGUGCCCAAGGUGGGGCUCAAGUACGGAACAGAUCUGCUGCUGUAUCGGAAAGGCCCUCCAUUUUACCAUGCAAGCUACUCUGUCAUCACUGAGCUCGUGGACGACAACUUCGAGGGCUCCCUCCGCAGGCCUUUCAGCUGGAAGUCACUGGCCGCCUUGAGCAGAGUCUCCGGGAAUGUCUCUAAGGAGCUGAUGCUGUGUUACUUGAUUAAGCCCUCUACUAUGACUAAGGAAGACAUGGAGACCCCAGAAUGCAUGAAGAAGAUUCAAGUUCAGGAGGUGAUUCUCAGCCGAUGGGUUUCUUCCCGAGAGAGAAGUGACCAAGAUGAGCUCUGACCUCAAUCCGAGAGUCCACUGUCCACCGUGAGCUCUGACUGUGUGGCAUCAGCCUGUCCUGAAGGAGCAUCAGCAUGUUUGGGCAUCACGGACCCCAGGGUCAAUUGCUGUAAUAGAAAAAUCUACUCCUGUACUUAGUUCACCCAAGGACUUCAACCAGUUCCCCAUGUGACUGAAAACCCAUUGAUGGUUUGGAAACCUGGAAAUACUGAGUGGCCGGUGCAUUCUCAAAGAACUCAUUAUUUUGACAGGUUGGUGUGUUGAGCCCAAAAUUAUGUAGUACUGGCUAUGAAAGGUGCAUCUUGCUUUGGACAAUUUCUUAUAGAAUAAAAGUAAGAAGUGAA